AUUCGAAAAAAAAAAACAAAAGGAAUUCACUACAUACAAGUUUACACAUUACGCUUAAAAAAAAUCUUGACCAUUCAUCUCUCCACUUUCAAUGGUUGAGAUUUAUCAUGAUUUUUUAGAUGAAAAAGAGAAUUAUCUAAGUGGAGUGGAGAGAUAAAUGGUUAAGACUUUGUAUAAGUUCAUUGUGUAAAACUUAUGUGUAAAUGGAUUCUAACUCCUAAAAAAAACUUCUACAUCAAAAAAAAAGGGUUCAAAGCGACCCUAUGACCUUUGAAAGAACAAACCAAGAAACACUUAACGAGUUGGAAGGCUAACUAGAUAAUCCAAUAUAGUUCAGACUUCUUUUGACAUGAGUUGUAACGGCUAUGCAAAAGCUGACAAAAAUCUUGCCCUUAAAUACCAUCAGAUCCAUCAUCCUGUCAGACCCAUCAUCGUUUGCAUUGAGGGUGUUAGAGCAAGCAACAAUGGCUAUGCGAGCAGGAGACUCAGAUGAUCUCAUCUGCAGGACGAUAGCAAUACUCCACUGUAUACACCAUUCUACCCUUCUAACCAACCUCCAUCUCCACCAUCCCAUCCCUUCUGUCCACCAGUACAUAGGCAGCAUUAUCUGUCAUGCAGAUGACCUCCUUGUGUACCUUUACCGCCAGCAAGUCUUUCCUAAAGCUUCUCACCAGCUACUCCAGGAGAUAUUCAUCCACAUUCACCAAAUUAUUAGAGACGUGCACCGAUUCCUCUUCUACCUCCAACAGGUUCACCAACGCCUCAACAAUCAGGCCUUUCUCCAAGUCCAACAGGAUCACCGAGGCUGCAACAUCAUCCACUUGGUCAUCACCAGCCUCCACAGGGACCUCCUUGUGAUUCAGCAUCGCCUGUUUAUAAGCCAUCAACUCCCAGACCCCCAAAACUAGUUUGUCAACCCCCAACCACACCACCAAAUCACAUAUCUACCUCAAAUCAGACCAGCAUUAUACACAUCUCCAUCCAUCCAUCCUCCGCCUGCAAGAUCUACCAGCUUCCUGACACCCUUCCAUCCCCCAACAACCUCAAAGCCCUUCUUUUAGCAAUCUGUAAACCACUAUCAUAUCUUAUCUACAUGUCCAACUAUAAAACCUACAUAAAUAUCCGAGUCUUUGGUAACCAACACGUCUUAGUAGAACCCAAAAUCACUGUAUAAAUAAUCACCACCAGCAAUAAAAUGUAUGCUUGUGCAUCCCUAUGUUGCAUUAUCUAGUAAAUCAUGCUUGCAAACUUUUUUGUAAUGAAAUAGGAUAUCAGAA